GAGAGGAACCCUAUCACAAGCCGAGCCCCUUGUUCAUCGGGGGGGAGAGAGAGGAACCCAAUCACGGGCUCGUCCAGUGAUUGCAGCCUCGUUUUCUUCCUCUUCUUCCUCGUCCGAUACCCAUUAGCAAUUAGAGUUGCUCUCGGUAGGUCACGCGCCCUCCCAACAUGACUCCUUCCCAGAAAAGAGCGCUGAAGGUGUCCUCUGUUUCACUCUGCCUCUGCUCCAUUCUUGUGCUCUUCGCGUGCGCCAUGCUCAGAGCCCGGUUCACCGCGGGCCCGUUGCCCAAGCGAGUCUUCCCGUGCGACGGUGACCCGAGCCUCAGCACCUUUGGGUUCUGCAACAUGUCGUGGGGAGUCGAGGCGCGGGUGGCGGACCUGGUGAAGCGGCUGACUUUGCAGGAGAAGGUCGGGUUCUUGGGGAACCACGCUGGCAGUGUGGAUCGCCUGGGGAUCCCCAAGUACCAGUGGUGGUCGGAGGCGCUGCACGGGGUGUCGUAUAUUGGGGGCGGGACCUCUUUCUCGAGCCUCGUCCCGGGGGCGACCAGCUUCCCUCAGGUCAUCCUGACGGCGGCCUCGUUCAAUGCCACCCUGUUCGAGACCAUCGGGAAGGUAGUUUCGACAGAAGCCCGGGCGAUGCACAACGUGGGGUUAGCGGGAUUGACGUUUUGGUCCCCAAAUGUCAACAUAUUCAGAGACCCAAGAUGGGGACGGGGUCAGGAGACGCCGGGAGAAGACCCGUUGCUCUCGAGCAAGUACGCGUCAGGUUAUGUCCGAGGCCUACAACAGAGUGAUGAUGGAAAUUCAGACCGGCUCAAGGUCGCUGCGUGUUGCAAACAUUAUACUGCGUAUGACAUUGAAGACUGGAAAGGUGUCGAUCGCUAUCACAUCAACACUGUGGUAACGCAACAAGACUUAGAAGAUACGUUUCAACCGCCGUUCAAGAGCUGUAUCCUCGACGGCAAUGUCGCGUGCGUGAUGUGUUCCUACAACCAGGUUAAUGGUAAGCCAACGUGCGCAGACCCAGACUUUCUCGCUGGGAUUAUCCGAGGAAAAUGGAAAUUGAAUGGAUAUAUUGCUUCGGAUUGCGAUUCGGUGUACGAGUUCUAUAAUUCCCAGAACUAUACUAAAACACUCGAAGAGGCUGCAGCUAAGGCCAUUUUGGCAGGGUUGGAUCUCAACUGUGGAUAUGUCCUUGUCCAACACACCGAAGCAGCGGUGAGAGGCGGAUUGUUGGAUGAAUCGGCAAUUGACAAGGCCAUCUCUAACAAUUUUGCCACGCUGAUGAGGCUUGGCUUCUUUGAUGGCGAUCCGAGGAAGCAGUUGUAUGGAAAGCUCGGUCCGGACCACGUGUGCACGCCAAGCAACCAGGAACUCGCCCGCGAAGCCGCGAGGCAAGGGAUUGUGUUGCUCAAGAACAAUGCAGGAUCAUUGCCCCUGUCCUCAACCACCAUAAAGUCCCUGGCGGUGAUCGGACCAAAUGCAAAUGUGACGACGACCAUGAUUGGGAACUAUGAAGGCAUUCCUUGCAAAUACGUGACGCCUUUGCAAGGUCUAGCAGCUGUCGUUUCGACAACGUAUGUGGCCGGCUGCGCUGAUGUAGGAUGCGGCAUGGCCCAGACAGACGACGCGAAGAAAGUAGCAGCCUCAGCAGAUGCGACGGUGCUUGUAAUGGGGGCCGACCAGUCAACCGAGAGGGAGAAUUUGGACCGGGUCAACCUCAAACUCCCAGGCCAGCAGUCGCUCUUGGUCUCCGAAGUGGCGAACGCGUCGAAGGGGCCUGUGAUCCUCGUGAUCAUGUCAGGGGGAGGGAUGGAUGUAUCGUUCGCGAAGGAUAAUGACAAGAUCACGAGCAUUUUGUGGGUUGGCUAUCCUGGCGAAGCCGGCGGCGCUGCAAUGGCGGACGUGAUAUUCGGUGACCAUAAUCCUAGUGGAAGACUGCCAAUGACAUGGUAUCCGCAGUCGUAUGCGGACACCGUCCCGAUGACAAACAUGAGCAUGAGGCCCGACCCAGCAAUGGGCUACCCCGGCAGGACAUACCGCUUCUACACCGGCCCUACCUUGUACUCGUUCGGGGACGGGAUGAGCUACUCCAGCUUCAACCACAGUCUAGUCCAAGCACCGCAGGUCGUGUCCGUGCCCUUAGAGGAGGGCCACGUUUGCGGCUCGUCAACAUGCGAAUCGUUGGAAGCCACUGGGGAAACGUGCUCGAAUCUGACCUUUGACGUGCAUCUGAACGUCAAGAACGUGGGAAAUUUCAGCGGCAGCCACACGGUCUUGUUCAGCAGCCCUCCAUCGGUGCACAGGGCGCCUCAGAAGCAGCUGCUAGGCUUUGAGAAGGUGUUCUUGGCCUCACAAAGUGAGGCGCAAGUGCAGUUCAAGGUCGAUGUUUGCAAGGACCUGAGCGUGGUCGACGAGCUCGGCCACCGGAAGGUCGCCCUGGGGAUGUACGUCCUCCAUGUCGGUGACUUGAAGCAUGCGUUGAGCGUGCAGAUUUGAUCGUCCGGGCUCUCCUUGAGCCUGCGAUUCUUCAGCGAGACAUUUCUGAAUGAAGUAAUCAAAGUGAUGAAGUUUGAGAGAUUUUUGCAAGAAUUUCUCUCAACCAAUUCUUCCGUAGACGAACUGUUCAAAAGCAAAUUGAAGUUUUGACUACUGCUAUGUAUCAGCUCUCCUUUGUUUUUGAUUUACAUCAGUGACAAUAAGUAAAUACAACAGACCAAUACUUAUUAGAGAAGCUGAUGGUAAAAUCAUGAUUGAUGCUUAUAUUUAUCAAUACUUUUAUAGAAGUGUUAACUUUUA